UCCACGUCUCUCUCUUCAAACAGCCUUACCGUAUACCUCCACCUCUCUUCCUCACUACGAUACAAAUCGGGAACCAAGCAGGAAUGGACAAACCAACCCAACACCCCGCCCCCUCGGCCCCGACCAACGUCCCGACACCGGACCCGAAUCCAUCAGACAACUACAUGGCCUCCGGCCCGCCCCCAGAAUACCAACAACGCCAACACCAAAACAUCAACCAGCAACCCACCGGCACCUCGAUGCCAAAAUACGGCGGCCCUUCUCCCAAUAGCCCGCCACCCCAAAACUACGGAGGUUACGCCCCUCCGCAAAGCUACCCUCUCCAAGGCGGACCCCAAAACUUCCAGCCCUACGGCACCCCGCUGCCCUCCCUGGGCCCCCACCCGGCGCCGGUCGAGUGUCCCGAGUGUCACGCCCGCGGCGUCACGGCGGUGGAGCAUACUUCGGGCGGCUUCACGCACUCGCUGGCUGCGAUUGUGUGCUUUGUGAGCUGUUUGGGGUGUAUACCUUAUCUCUUUUCUUCGUUGAAGGAUGCGAGGCAUAAGUGUUCCAAGUGUGGCAUUCCUUUGGCUACAUACCAUCGCAGCGGUAGGACCGAAGUCCAUUGGCACCAGGCUUAUAAUGCCUAGGUCCCUGGGCAAGGCCGUAUGAGCAGGGUAUUGGAUUAGGUGGAUUCAGGGCAGCUAUGGGCAGUCAGCCGCGCCAGCUUACGAGAAGUUUACUGAGGCUGUGGUUGACGAGCUGGAGCAGUACUCUUGGGUCGAGACAGUUUGAUUAUGCGAGGCGUAUAGGAUACCCAUUCUACUUUUCUUUCUUUAGAACCGAAUGCGCGCCUGGAGUGGCUGAAUUAUUCCUUGUUUGCAGCUUUCCGUGUGCUAUCCUCACAAAAUCCGCCAUGCAAAUAUGCUUAUUCCCUGGGUAUCGUGCCCGAGGAGAAUGACAUUGGCAGGGGUACCGUUGACAGAGUUUUGUUUCUACGCAGUGUGUCUAUACAGUGGAUGGUGUAGCAUCACAUCAA